AUGUGUGGGGUGCGUGAGGGCCUUGGGGAGGGUGUAGCGAGAUGGUUUGAAGAUAACACUCGUCGGAUUAUGGGUGAUGGGAGGGACAUUUUAUUCUGGCAUGACAUUUGGGUGGGAGAAAUUCCUUUGAAAAUAAAAUUUCCCCGCCUAUAUGAGUUAGUUGAGGAUAAAGAAUGUUCGGUGGCGGAUGCGAGGAGGGUUAUUGGGCCAGAUAGGGGUUGGGAGAGUUUGUGGCGUCGUCGAUUGUUGGCUUGGGAGGAGGAGAGUGUGAGGGAGUGUUCUGUUUUACUACAUAACAUUGUUUUGCAGGAAAAUGUGCACGAUGCUUGGCGUUGGAUCUUAGAUCCUAUUCAGAGUUAUACUGUGCGGGGAGCAUAUCGCUUUCUCACUACCUCUGGAGAUGCUUUGGAUAUGACUCUGGUUGACGAUGUCUGGCAAAAACAUAUUCCCUUAAAGGUGUCUUUGUUUGUGUGGCGUCUUCUUCGCAACAGAAUCCCAACAAAAGACAAUUUGGAGCGACGACGUGUUAUUCUUCCUAUUGACACGGCUUGCAUUUCAGGUUGUGGAGAGGUGGAAACGGCUAAACAUCUUUUCUUAUAUUGUGUCAUAUUUGGCUCUCUUUAG